AUGUUGCACUUCUACAACUCUCAAUCGCUUGGGCCAUCACCCCCACCACCAGAACCUACGGAGGAUCUGAAAGCCUUCGAGCGACGCCUCCGUGAGAUUGUCACCGGGCUCCAUCCAAAGGCGAAACUCUGGCGAAUUUUGCUCUUCUCGGCUACAGCCUUCUGUCUGCUCACCACCUAUCUUUGGCUCACCGACCCCCUUACCUACCAGGUUCGCUUCUUCACCUCACUCGCUAACCACCCUGGUUUUGUUGUGAGUGUCUUCCUCCUGAUUGGUCUGUUUGUCUUUGGCGCUCACAAAAAGGUCGUGUUGCCCAACAUCAUAGCCCAGCGCUGCCGCACCGUCCUUGCCGAGUACAACAUGACUUGUGACAACUCCGGCAAACUCAUCCUCAUGCCGCGACCAACUUGA